AUGUCGAGCAAAACCGGAAAUAUCCAAGCCUGCAUUCAGGCAGUUGAGAAGUGUCUCGGGGACCGUUUCGUCCUGAUCGGCGGGGCGGCGAUGCAGCUGCUCGGGAGCAACCGAAUAACCAAUGACGUCGACAUUCUUGUUUCCACCGAAGAAAACAUCUCCUCACUGGUCAAUUUGCUGGCAGGCCAGCAAGGGUUUUCCAACAUCGGAGGACAACUUCAUUUUGGUGAUGGUGAAACUGUGACUCUUGACAUUCUUACGACAGCCGUCGACACCGUAACAUUGGAAAAUCUGGGGCUUAACCUACUCUCAGUGGGCCGAAUUCGCGUUCCGAACCUUGACUACGCGUUAGCAAUGAAAAUCAAAUGCUUAUAUCUUCGACAGGACGAUGAGAAUGGACGGGAGAAGCGGCGGAGUGAUGUCUCUGAUGUGAAAUUUUUAUGUCGCAGGAUGGCCCAGGAUGGGCAGACUAUUACCGACCAGUGCGCUGAGAAAUUUCAGUUCGGGUUUUACCAUAUGUUAGAGCUUCGUCAGGAGCUCAGUGACCAGGCUGUCAGCGACUUCAUCUUCAUUGGGGGAAGAAAACUGAUACAACCUUGGGAAAAAAACACCCCGGAACAGCGGGAGUACUUUGGAUGCUUCGCCGAGCCUGGGACGGAUCCGUUAUCUGUUAUACUGGAGGAAUGA